UUUCUUAUUCGCGUGAACAGCAAAAAAAAAAACAAAACAGAAAAAAUCCACAUGAAAUAAACAACAACUAUUUUGAGGCUAUAAAUAUUUUUUGUGUAGUUCUCUAGUGCAUACCAUAUACUACGUAUAUAUUAAUAAACUGCAGCAAAUUCGAACAAUUACAAGAUGUCACCGUUCGACUGCAAAUCGCGGCGUGGCACCAAAAUAUCAGUUAUAUUAUUGGGCAGCGCAUUAUGUUUCGUUAUGAUGGCGUAUUUCGUGUUUGGCGACAGCAACGACGAGCAGGGCUUGAAAAAGCUACGUAUGAUAUCCAUUCUGUUUCGUCAUGGUGCCAAGAACCCCAGUGGCUUCUAUCCCAAUGAUCCACAUGCGGCGCACGAUUGGCCAGAGGGACUCGGAGCACUAACACCGAAAGGCAGUCUGCAGGCUUACAAUCUGGGUCGAAAUUUACGCAUGCGUUAUUAUCGCCUGUUGCCUUCGAACAGCAUUUACACACAGCAACAGGUGCAUGUCCUGAGCUCGGCUGCGGAACGCUGUGUGAUGAGCGCCCAGAGCGUUUUGGCUGGCCUAAUGCCACCGCUGGAUAACAACAAUGUGCUGCCCAUACCCUGGCAACCCGUGGCCAUAAACACCCUCGCCCGCAACGAUGACACGUUGUUGGCCCAAAAGAAGACGUGCGUUAAGUAUGAGAAUAUUCUACAAAAGCUGUACAAAUCUCCGUCAGCUGAGCUGCUGAAACUGAACGAGGACAACAAGGCGCUCUACAAGCGACUGACCAAGAAUACGGGCAAGAACAUUUCCAAUGUGCUGGAUGUGGAGCUGCUUUAUACCACACUAAAGACCGAAGAGGAAGCAAAUUUGGCACUACCCGAUUGGACUGAGAAUAUAUAUCCCGAGGAAAUGAGACCCUUAGUGGAACGCAGCUAUGCUUUAUUUACGGAAACACAUCUAAUGAAGCGUAUUAAAGGCGGAGCUUUUCUCACUGAGAUUCUAAAGAAAAUGCAAAACAAACGCCGCAAGAAUUUAAAUCCAGAUCGCAAAAUCUUUCUAUAUGCUGGACAUGAUGUGACGCUUGUCAAUGUUAUGAACUCACUGGGCAUUAUUGAUCAGACCGCAACGCUGCCCGAAUACGCAGCUGCUUUGGUCUUUGAACUGCAUAAUAGCAAAUCAUUUAGCGACGGAGAUUUCGAAGUUAAGUUGGUUUAUUACUUUAAUAGUGAGGACAAGUUCCCCAAGGAGUUGAGCAUACCCAACUGUGAUGCACCCUGCUCGCUAUCACAAUUUGCCCAAACAUUCAACACUUUGCUGUUGGACAACUAUGAUGAAGCCUGCGAGAAUCCUACAACAGAUUGCAAGAAUUAGGAUUUUUAAGAUGUUCUAGGAACCGAAAAUAAUAAUUUUGUUUUACCAUAA